UGCGACUGUGGACACUAUUGCUACUAUCCUUCGGUUUUAGCCUGAGCUAAGCAGGUAACUGAAAAUGGCUUGGGAAGGAGGAUUCCAGCUAAAUGGCACAGAAGGCAAGAACUUCUACAUCCCUAUGUCCAAUAAAACUGGGGUUGUUAGAAGUCCUUUUGAAUACCAACAGUAUUAUAUGGCAGAUCCCAUCAUCUUCAAGCUUCAGGCUUUAUACAUGUUCUUCUUGUUGUGUACUGCAUUGCCCAUAAAUGGUCUGACAUUGUAUGUAACGGCUACGAACAAGAAGCUCAGGCAACCUCUUAACUACAUCCUGGUCAACCUUGCUGUGGCUGGACUGCUCAUCUGCAUUUUCGGAUUCAUUGUUACGAUCACAUCUGGUCUCACCGGUUACUUCAUUCUCGGACCCACUUUCUGCGCUCUAGAGGGAUUUAUGGCCACACUUGGAGGUCAAGUUUCUCUAUGGUCCCUUGUAGUCCUGGCUGUUGAGAGAUACAUUGUUGUCUGCAAACCCAUGGGAAGCUUCAAGUUCAGUGGAAGCCAUGCAGGAGCUGGAGUGCUUUUCACCUGGAUCAUGGCUUUGUCAUGUGCUGGACCCCCACUGGUUGGCUGGUCCAGGUAUAUUCCUGAGGGCUUGCAGUGCUCCUGUGGACCCGACUUUUACACUCAGGCUCCAGGCUUCAACAAUGAGUCAUAUGUCAUGUACAUGUUUGCCGUCCACUUCUUCACUCCCGUAACCACCAUUUUCUUCAGUUAUGGAUGCCUUGUGCUGACAGUCAAAGCUGCCGCAGCCAAGCAGCAGGAAUCAGAGUCCACCCAGAAGGAGUAA